UUGAAUUUUCAUUAUUUAAUUCGGGGUAGAAACUGGAGAAUUUUCGCUUUUGUCUGCUCUCUUCUUUCUCUCUCAUCUCUUUCAUUCCCUUUAAAAUGGCGUAAGAGGAAGAGAGCGGGAACGUGUAUCGUACAGCUUCUCUUUGCUUUCUCUCCUCUUCACCCUUUCCUCCCCUUCACAACCUCAAUCUCUUGCAUUGAGAUCUGCGCUUCCGUUUUCUGCCUUUCCAUUUCUCCUCUCAAGCUUUCAGGUUGCUGUUAUGGCUCCUUCAAAUGGAACAACAAACAAUGCCCAUCCUUCCCCACACCCACCAUUGAAUGAGAGAAUACUAUCAUCCAUGACUAGGAGAUCUGUUGCUGCACAUCCUUGGCAUGAUCUUGAAAUAGGACCUGAUGCUCCCAAGAUUUUCAAUUGUGUUGUUGAAAUAGGAAAGGGAAGCAAAGUGAAGUAUGAACUUGACAAAAAAACUGGUCUGAUCAAGGUCGAUCGGAUUCUUUACUCAUCUGUUGUGUACCCACACAACUAUGGCUUCAUUCCUCGAACUCUUUGUGAGGACAACGACCCCAUGGAUGUCUUGGUCAUCAUGCAGGAGCCAGUUCUUCCUGGAUGUUUUCUGAGGGCUAAAGCAAUAGGCCUCAUGCCUAUGAUCGACCAGGGUGAAAAAGAUGACAAGAUCAUAGCAGUUUGUGCUGAUGAUCCUGAAUAUCGUCACUACAAUGACAUCAAGGAGCUCCCACCGCAUCGAUUGGCUGAGAUUCGCCGCUUCUUUGAAGACUACAAGAAGAAUGAGAACAAGGAGGUAGCUGUGAAUGACUUUCUGCCAGCCGCUGAUGCCUUCAUGGCCAUCAAACACUCGAUGAAUCUCUAUGCAGACUACAUAGUGGAGAGCUUGAGGCGGUAGAGUCACACCUCAAGGCAAAUUGGUAAUAGUGAUUAACAUUCACAUCAUAUAAUAUAUAUAUAUAUAAUACAUUGGAAGCCUUCAUUCGAAGUUGAGGAAAGAGAUUAGUAUCUCUAUGGUUUUUGUCGAUAUGCAUGCUUUCAUACUUGGAAUUUACACUGCUUUGUGUUAGGAGGAAGAAAAAAGAUGAUGCCGAUAAAUUGAUUGUAUCAAUGAUUGAAUCAAAAUAUGUUACACAGCGAUCAUACUAGUCUUAGGGUAAUGGCUAUAUUUUUUAAUUUUUUUUUUCCUUUAAAAGUUAAAAAGUCUAUUGUAAUGAAUCAAUCUAAAUACUUCUAUAUUCUACUACUAGUCUUGGUGAGUUCCAUCACCAUAGUUCCUACUUCC